GAAAUACCUUAAAUUUUACAUUGAAAAGCAAGAUGGCACGAAAAUUAGCAGCAUUUGAUUUUGAUCACACUAUUGUAGAAGGAAAUUCUGAUAUUGUUGUAAGGGAUUUAAUUUCUAAGGAAUCUAUUCCUGAUUCUGUCAGAAAACUAUAUAAAAAUGAUGGAUGGACUGCUUACAUGCAGGGAAUAUUUGAGCUUCUCCAUUUGCAAGGUCACAAGGAAUCUGUCAUUGCAAAAGUUGUUGGAGAAAUUCCUGCCACCAAAGGGAUAUCUGAGUUAAUUCACAAGUUGAAAGAGGAGAACUAUGAUGUGAUCAUAAUAAGUGAUGCAAAUUCCUUUUUAAUCAAUACAUGGCUUGAACAUAAUAAUUUGAAGGAUUGUAUUCAUAAAGUAUUCACUAAUCCAGCUAAAUUUGUGAAUGGACUUUUGAAAAUAGAGAUGUACCAUUUACAGCAAGAUUGUAAAUUGAGUACAAAGAAUUUAUGCAAAGGUAAAAUAUUAGAAGAUUUUAUUAAAGGCAGAGAGUUGGAGGGUGUUGCAUAUGAGAAGACAGUCUAUGUGGGUGAUGGAAAUAAUGACUUUUGUCCAAUGCUGAGGCUAAAUGAUAAAGACUUGGCUUGUGUGCGAGAUAAGUACAGUUGCCUUCAGUUGAUAAAUAAAGUGAAAGAGGGAAAACCAAUUCCAUCAACUGGUCUGAUAUACACAAUGAAAGCUCACGUUUUAGUGUGGAAUACUGGUUUCGAUAUCUUGGAUCAUCUAUCGAAUUAAAAUAUGAUUUGGUUUAUAAAAAAAAGUGCGAUUAUCCUGUGAUGAUAAUAUUUUAAUUUAUAUUUUAUAAUUCAAUUACAAUAAUUAAAUACAUUGGCACCUAUAUUAAGUAGCCAUCAUUUUAUUGUAUUAUUAAAACGAUGUUUAUUUACAAAACAAUAAGUAUGCUCAUUAACUUAAAUAAAUAUAAACAGAAAUUAAGAAACAAAACAUGGUAAACAUCUAUGUAUACAAUCUAUGCUUGUAAAAUGUAAUAAAACUUGUUUUAUGGAUACUACCAUUUAUUUAAUACUGUUGCACACAUACAAUAUAUAGUUUUUGUUUUUUUUUUUACUUUAAAUGUUUAAUUAAGUCUUAUUCUUUGGCAUACCCAUGUAUUUAUAUAGUUAUGUUUUUUUUUUUCAUUUUUCAUACAAUGUUUUAUUUACAUUCAAAUGGAUCACUGCUGGUUUUAUGAGGGUUAGAGUUUUGAUAUUGAUAUACCAAUAAUAAGUAUUGAAAAUCGAACGAUACAAAUUCAAGAUCUCAAAGAGGGAACACAUUGAAACGAACACCACAUAAUCGAUCUAAAUAUGUGCAACAACUUCUCUAUAAUUUUGAGCAAUCAUAAAAAUUAGGAUCGUAUAAUUAGGAUACAUUAUUCAUAAUUCCUUUGUGGUGUAUUACAUGCAUUCUGAAUUUGUCAACACCAAUAGUGCAUAACAUUUCAACACUUUAUUUUGCGAUUUAUAUACAUCGUUAAUAUAGUGGAAUAAUAAAUAAAUAAAUAAAUUGUGCUAACGUUGUCAAAACUUAUCUACAUGCAA